UGUUGCUUCGUUUCCCUUACAUUGUUUAAUAAAACGCGCAAAGAAAUAGUUAAUUGUAGUAAACAAUAAAGCAUUAUGUCAUUAUCGAGUCUUCUGCCCACGCCAACCAAUACGGUUUGGGAUCGUGAGGACGAGCGUCGUUUGGCCGCCAAAGGUGCACCACAAAUUGGCGCACUCGUUUCAGCAAAAAUAGCAGCGCCUCCGUAUGGCCAGCGCAAGGACUGGAUACCCCGUACCGAGGCAGACUUUGGUGAUGGUGGCGCUUUUCCAGAAAUACAUGUGGCACAAUAUCCACUGGGCCUUGGGGAGCCCGCGAAUAUGGGCAAGAAAUCGGAUGCAUUGGCUGUGCGUUUGGAUGAUAAGGGUAAAAUAAAAUACGAUGCCAUUGCACGGCAGGGACAUGGAAGGGACAAAAUAGUCUACUCUUCCAUUUCGCAACUGUUGCCUGCCGAGGUUCUGGGUGAGGAUGCGGACGAGCUACAGCGACCCGAUGAGGAAACUGUUGCAGAGACAACGGAGGAAACACGUCUAGCACUCGAGAAGCUAACUAAUCAAAAGAUUACCUCAGCGCUGCCAGUGCGCCAUGCACAAAAAGCGGCUCCAGCCCAAUAUAUACGCUACACGCCUUCACAGCAGGGCGAUGCGUUCAACUCGGGCGCCAAGCAGCGUGUUAUACGCAUGGUAGAGGCACAAUUGGAUCCAAUGGAGCCACCCAAGUUUCGAAUUAAUAAGAAAAUCCCUCGUGGACCGCCAUCCCCACCAGCUCCCGUCUUGCACUCGCCCUCACGUAAGGUGACUGUGAAGGAACAAAAAGAAUGGAAAAUACCGCCAUGCAUAUCUAAUUGGAAGAACGCAAAAGGCUACACCAUACCGCUGGAUAAGCGUCUGGCUGCCGAUGGCCGCGGCUUGCAGCAAGUUCACAUUAAUGAGAAAUUCGCCAAAAUGGCCGAGGCUCUGUACAUAGCAGACCGAAAGGCACGCGAGGCUGUGGAAGCGCGCGCCCAACUGGAGAAGAAACUGGCCCAGAAGGAGAAGGAAAAGAAGGAGGAUAUGUUGCGUAUGAUGGCACAGCGCGCACGUGAGGAACGUGCCGGCUUGCGUAAUCCCGAAACGGAUGUGCCCUCUAGCUCGAAUGCGGAGGCACGAGAACGCAAUGAUUUACGUGCGGAGCGUCAACGUGAACGCCAACGUGAUCGCAAUUUACAGCGUGCAGCACCAGAAAGGCGCACGAAGCUGCAACGCGAGCGAGAACGUGAUAUAUCAGAGCAAAUUGCGCUCGGCUUGCCAGCAAAGAGCGCCGGGAAUGGCGAAACCCUCUUUGAUCAGCGUCUCUUCAACACGACCAAAGGCAUGGACUCUGGUUAUGGUGACGAUGAGGCCUACCAUGUUUACGAUAAGCCCUGGCGUGAUUCCAAUACAUUGGGCGCUCACAUCUAUAGGCCCACCAAGCAGGCCGAUAGCGAUAACUAUGGUGGUGAUUUGGAGAGCAUUGUGAAUACCAAACGCUUCGUACCCGACAAGCAAUUCUCGGGCUCAUCGCGCGAAACUGGCGGAGCACAACGCAGCGGUCCUGUCGAAUUUGAGAAAGAGGAGGAUCCGUUCGGACUGGAUCAGUUCUUGAACAUGGCCAAAAAAGCGCCCAAACGUGCCGAAGAGAAGAACGAGAGAAGCAGCGGUCAUUCCGAUCGCAAACGCAGCCGUCGCGAUUAGGCCAUCCCCAGUCGUCCCCUGUUAGUUAAGUAAACCUAUUAACAAAUUUAAAUUUCUAUAUAAGACGACUAUUUAGACAGCUUAACGUUUUUGGUAAAUAUAAAUAUUUGAAUGUAUAUACAUAUAUGA